AUGCACUACCAGACACCCUCAUCACCGAUGGCAUCAUGGUUCGCCAAUUUCUCCUGUGACCCAUUUCUCCCUCCAGAGGUCCCUUGUGAACUUGGUGGGUUGCAAAAAUAUGCCGUUAAUGUCUCAGGCGCUGAAGACGUCUUGGCAACCCUGAAUUUCGUUCAACAAAAUAACAUUCGACUGGUGAUUCGGAAUACCGGUCAUGACUAUCUUGGAAAAUCUACUGCGCCAGGUGCAGUGGCAUUGUGGAUGCAUCAUCAGAAAGAUACGCAGUAUCUUGAUUACACAUCAUCAUAUUACAAUGGCUCUGCCCUACGUUUGGGUGCUGGCGUUCAAGGCUUUGAGGCUAUGAGCGCUGCACAUGCUCAGAACAAAGUCAUCGUUACUGGGAAUUGCGAAAGCGUUGGAGUUGCAGGUGGAUAUACACAAGGUGGCGGCCACGGUCAAUUGGCCUCAUAUUUUGGUCUUGCUGCCGAUCAAGUACUCGAGUGGGAGAUAGUUACAGCAGCAGGUGACAUCCUAACAGCAUCACCAACUGAAAAUGUGGACCUCUUUUGGGCACUUUCUGGAGGUGGCGGCGGGACCUUCGCCGUUGUCUUAAGCGUGACUGUUCGAGUCCAUCCAGAGAUGAUAACCACGUCAGCCAAUCUGACCUUUAGCGAAAAAGGUGUGGCUCACAGCUUGUUUUGGGAGGUUGUUGAGACAUUUGUUUCUUCAGCAGCACUCAUGGCCGAUGCGGGAGCUAUAGCAAUUUGGAUGGUAAGUAAUUCGACAUUGAGUGUGACGCCUAUCACUUGGCCUGGUGCAACUCGAGAACAAUUGCAAGAAAACCUUGAGCCUACUUUGGCUUUGCUUGAAGAAUACAAUAUCGCUUACUGUACGAUCCAGGAUAUGAUCUCAAUUUGA